CUGAUGACAAAACCGUCCAUCAAUUCUGGAAGGAACAAUUUAUAAAUAGUUUACACCACAUUUUAUGCCAAAACCUAUCAAGGAGGAACUUAUGGAAGUGACAAUGGAUGCUCUUCGGAUGAAUGAAGGGCUUGGCGAAAAUAGUUAUGCUAACAACUCAUUGCUCCAGAAAAAGGUAAUACUAAUGACGAGACCAAUAACAGAAGCUGCCAUCACAGAGCUCUACAACACCAUUUCUCCCAAAACCUUAUGCAUUGCGGAUUUGGGAUGUUCUUCUGGACCAAACACUUUCAUGGCGAUUUUCGACCUAAUAAAAAACGUUGAUAAAAGGCGCAAAUCUUUAGGGCUUGAAUCUCCAGAAUACCAAAUUUUCUUAAAUGAUCUACCCAGUAAUGAUUUUAACACCAUCUUCAAAUCUGUGCCCGAAUUCCUGGAAAGAUUAAGAAAUGAAAUGGAAGCUGGUUUUGGACUGUGUUUUGUGACGGGAGUUCCAGGUUCGUUCUAUCAAAGGCUUUUCCCCACCAAAAGUCUCCAUUUCAUUCACUCAUCUUAUAGUCUUCAUUGGCUCUCCCGGAUUCCUGAAAUGGAAGAAGCUAACAAAGGGAACAUUCACAUGGCAAUUUCAAGCCCUCCGAGUGUGAAAAAGGCAUACAUGAACCAAUUUAAGCAGGAUUUUUUUGCUUUUCUAAGCUGCCGCGGCGAAGAAAUGGUGGCUGGUGGCCGUAUGGUUUUGACAAUGUGUGGAAGAAAUAGCGAAGAGCCUUGUAGAAGAGAUGGCACAUAUCGUUGGGAGGUUCUAAGUAUGGUUCUCAGAGAUAUGGUUGCCGAGGGACUUAUAGAAGAAGAAAAACUAGACUCAUUCAACCUUCGUGAUUACAGACCAUCGGUAGGAGAACUGAAACACUUAGUUGAAAUGGAGGGAUCGUUUAGAAUUGACCGCCUUGAGGUUUACGAGAUCUAUUGGAAUGGAUAUGAUGAAGGUGAGAUUUCAAAACACGAAAAAUCCCAAGAUGUCUUUGGAUACUACAUAGUGAAAUGCAUGAGAGCUGUGGUUGAGCCUUUGCUUGUUCAUCACUUUGGUGAAGAAAUAAUUGAGGAGGUUUUCUUGAGGUACAAGCAAAUCAUUAAUGAUCCAAUGUCAAGAGAGGAGAAGACAUUGUUUGUUAAUGUGACUGUCUCCUUAACAAAAAUGAUUUGA